CUCGCGAAGUUAACAGAAAGUACGAUGAAUCAUCGUUGGCGGCGGGAGAUAUAAACGCAAACCCGGGUCAAAACUCACCAGUUCUCAAGAUCCCCCCGGAGUGAGAAUAAGUAGUGCCAUCCACUUGGAUCAACGUUAACCUCUAUAACAGACAAAAUGCGUUCGUGGACCUUCCUGUUGGCGCUGUCUGUGGCUGUGGUGUUUGCCGCCGCUGUGGCAGGCGCCGUUCCACUCGGCCCCGACUUUGAAGAAUCAGAGAACACAGGAUCAAAGACCUGGACUGCCAUCAAGAGCUUCUUCCGCCCCGUGACCGACUACUUCUCCAAGGAACUUCCUCACAAGUCUCCCUCUGAAGUUGCCGAUGAUGUCAAGGAUAAGGUAACGGACGCAAAGGAAUGGAUGCAAGAGAACGAGUCUGUCCAGAAACUGUGGUCUGCCCUCCAGCCUGUCAGGACCUGGAUGAAGGAAACCGCCACCACCUUGAAGGACAAGAGUUUCAAGGAAAUGUUCGAAGACGUGAAGGGCAGAGUCGGCGAAAUCGACCAGACUGUCGGAACGUGGAUCGAGAAAAAGACAGGCGAAGCCGAAGCCAAGUAGGGUUUGAAACACGGUUCACUCCCCUAUUCUACAUGAACAAGUGCCUUCGAAACCUAAAGCAGUUGGCUUAGGAAAAUGGAGGAUGUCUUCAGGUGCUUUUAAUUUAAGUGUGUAAUAAAGAAUAACUAUUUUUCCUUUCUAUGAAAAGAGAGAAAAAUGAUAAAUGAUUGUAUGAAUGCGUAUAUUUUGUUGAAUGUUCUGUUGCUCUACCUGCGGUUACCUGUUAUACCUGGCAUUAAGGGUUUUGUUGAAUUUACCAAAGAAAUGGAAUUUCCAUUUUUGAUAUUCUUCAGAGUUGUGAUAUUUGCUGCAGUGCAAAUGAAAAUAAAAGUGAAUUUGUUAUA